CGGCAGACGGGGCAGGGCGAACCACGAGGAAGGAGAGGGGGAGGCUCGGGCGGGAAGAAGACCGGGCGUGUGCUCGGCCCCCCGAAGCGGUGGCGGGGAAGGGCAGGGAGGCGCCGGCCGGAACCCGAGGAGGGCUGUGACGCUCGUCUUGCCGAGCCGGUGUCCCCUUCGCAGGGACUCCCCACGGCGCUCCAGCAGACGGAGGGAGUUAAAAUCCGGGGCUUCCGCGCCAGGAUCCAUGUGACAUCGCACGCAGAUUGGGGGGGGGGGGGCUCACUCGCCUGCUUUUAAUGAAGGGGCGCUGAGCUGUGCCUUUACAGCUCCCCCCCUUUAUUAAAGAAAUUUGCAGCCCUUUUCUACGGCAAUAUUUGCAGUUACAAGGCGGAUUGCGUUUGCCCCAGGCAGCAAUGAACAUUGAACAUGAAAUCAGCCUUUUAGUUGAAGAGAUUCAACGACUUGGGACCAAAAAUGCUGAUGGGCUAUUGAGUGUGAAGUUUGGGGUACUCUUUGCUGAUGAAAAAUGUGCCAACCUUUUUGAAGCAUUAGUGGGCACCCUUAAAGCUGCAAAACGAAGAAAAAUCGUUAGUUAUCCUGGAGAGCUGCUACUGCAAGGAGUUCAUGACAAUGUUGAAAUUUUAUUACUGCAGGAUUAGCUCAGGUUUCUUAUUUUUAUUGUGUUAAUUUUCAGGUAAAUGAAUAUACAGAAUUCUCAGACCAACGCAAAUAUGAAUGAAGAUGUAUUUUUCUUUAUAUCUUUCUAGCCAAAUGAGACUUUUCUCUUUGGGAAACUAAAUUAUUUGCUAAAUGACUGUUGAAGACUAAGAUAUAUCAAGCUCCUGUUUUUGUCUCAGGUAACCAUUUUAAAGUGUCUGACGUGUUGUCUGAUUUUUCAGAUAAAUUAUCAGACCUUGCAAGUUAGCAUCUGCUACAUAUAAUUAUAUUUAUAAUUUUGUCUAUUUUCUUGCUUUCUUUUAUCUCCUUGCUGGUAACAGAACUGUUUUACAUUGUAGGCAAAAUGAAUGAAGUAAAGGAGAACUACAGAGAGAGAAGUAUAUAAAGCUUACACAUAGUCACUGCAUUUUAAACUCAUAUACUGUCUUCUCCCCACAGUGUGCUAUUUCUUUGUUUUUGUUUCCCCUGCUUAAAUAUGCAUUUGACCUUUUAAAAUAAGAGGAUUUGAAAAAAAAACAUUUUACAAAGAGUUCUGAACAGCCAAGCAGCUCUUCAUAGGGGUGCAGCAUUCAAUGUACACACCCUGGCUCUGAAAAGGUGGGGGCGUGGCUUCAUGGCUGACAAAAAGCCCAGGCAAUCAGUGCUGUGCAAAUAGGACUUCUGCUGAAAACUAGAAGCUUGACUUGGGCUGAAGAUUAGUAAAUGUAAUUAAAAUGUAAGGGAAGAUUAUCUCUAAAACUAUGUAUAUCUUUAUGUAAUCAUUGAGUGUAUUCUAUCAGCAGUCCCAUGUGACAUACAUAUCUGAACCAUAGGACUAAAGACUACACAGUGUGGCUCCUUUGGUGAGUAAUGAUGUCAUUCUUACCAGGAGGCACCAUAACUUAAAAAACUGGAAAACAGAUAGAACCCUGCCUUGUUACAACUGCUGAUUAGUCACGAGGGACUGUUGGCAGAUAUAAAACCCUUUUCAGACUCAGGGAUGAGAUUGGAGAGACCAGCAUCUCUAUUUUAAACAACUGUGUGGCCCUGUCCUUGACCAGGGAUUCCAGUUAAUCUGAAGUUUAAUAUUCAGAACUUGAAUGUGCCAACACAUUUAGGAAGUGGGAGCCAAGGUAGCUACUAUUAACCAGUCAUGGGAUAGGCACCCCUUGGCAUAUGUGCUACACUGAUUUGCUCAGCAGAGCAGCUCCUUUACUCCAUCCCUAAAGAAGGAGUCUAGCCAAGUUGGGAUAGACUCAGGUCAUGGCUAGAAUUUGGAUAGGCAGAAUAUUGGGUCCCCUCCUGUAAGCAGCAAUUAUUUAAAUUUGGAAUGUGGUAGUUCAGAGAGUUAAAGUUCGAGUGUAACCUCUCUCAGUGGUCCCCUUGUAGUCCUCAAUGAUUCUGCUCACAAAACAUUUAUUUUUAUUUUUACUUCAUUUGUAUCUCACUUUUCUCCCCAAAGGGGCUUACAACAUUCGUCUCUCUUUCAUUUUUCCCCUCAUAACAACACUGUGACCUAGGUUAGACUGACAGUAUGGGACUGGCCCCAAACAUCUUUUAAUAACAGAAAUUACAUAGUAUUAUUUUCAUCCAUUGCAAUCACAUUCCUGCAUACAUGCAUUGAAAGCAAAAUCACUGAUGUUUCCUGUGAACAUUUCUGAAGCACUCUUAUUUUAGUCAAUUUAAACAGCACAUGCAGUGUUUCUGGCCCAGUACAACCCUCCCCCUCCCCUCCCCAUUCUUUUUGUUAGCACACCAACAUCUUCUCAGGUCAGUGUCAUAUUUUUUUCGCAUUAGGUCCCCAAAUGGUUGCUUGUCCCUGUAUGAGACCUUUCCCUUAUUUCAAGCCACAGGAAGGCAAGCUUAGCACUCCUUGGUGUGGCUGUUUAUGAUAGUCAAAUAGUGAAUGUGGAGCAAGAUCUAUACUUUCUAACAUGCAUAGGCAGAGCUAGGAGCCUUGAUACUAUGGCAGAUAGGAGAUGACGUAAAUGUGAGAAGGACAAAAGAAGUAUCUUCUGCAAGAGGGAAGUUGAGAUGGUAAUGCUUUAUUGGUUGACCUGUCAAGUACAUGUCAUGAGCUUCUGGUUCUCACCUUAGAUUAACUGUAGUGUUUUUCAUAUUCAUGCCAAUCACUCAGUGAAAUAGUCUAACACUCCUACCCUAUUACUCAGGAACUUAGAACAUCUGCUACAUUAGUGAAGUGAAAAUACAAUAAAAGGUCCAUGUUUCAGAAUUUAACUGUAAUGUUCAAGAAGAAUGCUGUUGAAAUUGACAUUCAAUUUGAUUUGCCUUUUCAUUUUGCCUCUGAUUGAGCCUAUGUCAAACUUGUCUUAUGAGAGAACUUGAGAUCUGCAGUUCCUGUACUUCCUCGGUAAACAAACAAAGUCUGAGAAUUAUUUUUAACUAUUUUGUCCUGAGUAGGGGGGAAAACCUAACUUUGUACAUUCUCACCAGCAGAAGUUGUCCAAGAAAAACACAUCUGUUUGUUUCAGUACAUAAUCUGCAAUAAAGUAUGUUAAAGUCUCAA